AUGACCUCAGUCGCCCGUGUAUAUCCGGAUGCCAAUGCGUCUCUGGGACCAUCCUGGUACGAAUACGAUAAUCUGCAAGUACAGUGGGGUUCCCAGGAUCAUUAUGAGAUUGUGCGCAAAGUCGGUCGAGGAAAGUACUCUGAGGUGUUCGAGGGCGUGAACAUCGUCAAUGACGAGAAGUGCAUCAUCAAGGUCCUCAAACCGGUAAAGAAGAAGAAGAUCAAGCGGGAGAUCAAAAUCCUUCAGAACUUGGCCGGGGGACCCAACAUUGUCGCACUCCUCGAUGUCGUUCGCGAUCCGCUAUCUAAAAUACCGAGUCUGGUGACCGAAUAUGUCCAUAAUGUCGACUUCAAGACAUUGUACCCGCGCUUCACCGAUUACGAUGUUAGAUUUUACAUGUUAGAGCUGCUGAAGGCCUUGGAUUAUUGCCAUUCAAAAGGCAUCAUGCAUCGCGACGUCAAGCCGCACAACGUCAUGAUUGACCACGAACGACGCAAGCUUCGCCUCAUAGAUUGGGGUUUGGCGGAAUUCUAUCACCCAAAGACAGAAUACAACGUCCGCGUCGCGUCGCGUUACUUCAAGGGUCCCGAACUUCUGGUCGACUUCCAGGAAUAUGAUUAUAGUCUGGAUCUGUGGAGUUAUGGCUGCAUGUUCGCGUCAAUGAUAUUCCGCAAGGAACCGUUCUUCCACGGACACGACAACUAUGACCAAUUGGUGAAGAUCUCCAAGGUUUUAGGCACCGACGAUCUCUAUGCCUAUCUGGACAAGUACGACAUAGAACUGGACGCUCAGUACGACGACAUCCUCAGUCGCUACCCUCGGAAACCCUGGACGCGGUUCAUCACCUCCGAAAACCAGCGUUACAUCACCAAUGAAGCCAUCGACUUUCUCGAUAAGCUCCUUCGAUAUGACCACCAGGAGCGCUUAACUGCAAGGGAGGCUCAGGACCAUCCCUACUUCGAUCCCGUCAGAAAUGUCGGCGCAGGAGUUGACAUUGAAAGCGAGGGUUCUAUAGCAUGA